AUGACGCGUUUAGUAACUCAAGAGGGCAAAAGGGAAAAGGGACGAGAAGUAGGAGACUCUAUGGAAUUAUGGCAGGUGGAAGACGGCCGACCUCCCUGGGCGGCGAUCGUCGUCUCCAAUCUACCAGCAGAUAUACGGUGUCGCCAGUCGACGCGAGAUAAUUGCGAAUCGACCGAAGAACGCAGACAUCCGACGAUGCGUUCAGCGAUAUCGGCGCGGGCUGGUAACGAAUUCGGCGAAGCGGCGAAAAAGCAAUAUCCAGAAGACCCAAUGUGCGCGUGA